UUGCACUCCCUAUCAUAUCCACAUUAGGCAUUGCCCUAUAAGUUUCAACAUUUAGCGAGUGGGUAUAUAAUGGUCUAAGUAAGUUUUCCAAAUCUCCCAGUUCCCUCCAUAUUCUUUUUCGUUACCUUCACCAUUGCUCACUUGUUGCUCUUUAUUCUUCACUUCGCACACGUUGACCUCCCUCACAUCUACCAUGUCUGUGUCAGGGGCUGACAAUCAGGUUGGGUUGCAAUCCCUCUCACUUCCAGACCUUUCUGGGGUAGUCCCUACCUCUACAGAAGCAAGAGCAAAGCGUCGCAUCGCUGCAUUGGAAGAGGAGCUGGAAAACAUGAGGCAAGAGAGAGGAAUCAAGCAGAGAAAGACAACUUACUAUGUUGCUCAAGGUAGAGCGAUUCGUCGGAUGGUUGUGCUCUAUACCAGCUUGGAAGACUUGGUUGCCAAGAACAAUCACAGAUACGAGGAGGGGAGCCCAGAGGAUAAUACCACAGAACAAGAUCACCUGCAGUGUGGUUACAUUGUACUCACGCAGGUUCUGCCAUGGCUACAUGCAAAACUUGGACAACUUGAUAUUGAUGAAUGUCAAGAUAUGAUGAAACAGCUCAAAAGAGGAGCGGAUGCGGCCCGUGGAGACGAUACAUCCACUCUCAAAGACCUCAUCGCUUCCUGGUUGGAUGACAAGCAGAUGCGCGGCUUUGUACGUGACAUUUGUGGGAACUUACUCUGCCCUUCGGAGGUGAAAGCUGGGAUCCGUGACAGAACGGUAGACUACAUUGUAUUGGAAAACUCGUGGCCACUAUUCUUGUACGAGAAAUACAUGGUCAACUAUGGCAACCUCAAGCAAGGCCUCUUCAAGUCCAAGAUUCUUGUUCAAGCUUUCAAAGCUAUAUUCACAUCACCCUCUUCCACAAGAGAGGCUGAUGGUGACGGUGAUGGAGCUGACAUCCUCGAAAACAACAGGCAUGCCCAGCGACAAUUAAAUCAGGCCAAGGUUAAAACUUGUGUGGCCUCCAUUAUCAACAUGAGGAAGGUUACUCCUCGCUCCAUCGCCUACGUUGUGUGCCAAGUUCGUUUUGCGCUGUCCAACAUCUCGUCUUGGUGCACCAUUGAUGGUGACUUCGACUAUGAAGGAUUCUGGAACAACGUGGUAGACUUUUUUGAAGAUGUCCCAGGACCCGUCACACAAUGUAGGGUGAACCAACUUCUCGAAUGGUGAACCAGGUAUAUUCUGCCUUGAGGCGUACAUAAGAGAUAUCUGACAUUAUUAUUUAGGAAGGUUUUUGGAAACAACCAUCGUCAGGACCUAACACCAGAAGUCAUAUCUCAUAUGU